AAGCGUUUGACGUACUUAUUCGUAAAUUCGCUGGCGGGAGGAAGACAGUGGCGCGUGCUAGACAAAGUGUAAUUUGUUUAUUACAUUCAGGGCAGUUAUGUCUCGAAUACUCAACUGUAUUGUAGCUGUUUGUCCAGACAUGGGAAUAGGGAAAAAUGGAAAUCUGCCUUGGCAUCCAGUAAGACUAAGUAAUGAAUUCAAGCACUUUCAGAAGAUGACCAUGACCCCGUUAGUUGAGGGUAAAAAGAAUGUGGUCCUGAUGGGCAGAAAGACUUGGUUCUCUAUUCCUGCUGCAAACAGACCACUAAAGAACAGGAUCAACAUUGUUCUCAGCAGAGAGCUCAAGACAGCCCCAGAGGGAGCUCACUACCUUGCUUCAGACUUCAGUUCAGCUCUCCAUCUGUUAGACAGCAGCGAGCUCGAAAAACAAGUGGACCAGGUUUGGAUAAUUGGUGGAAGCGCUCUGUACAAGGAGGUGAUGGUGAGUUCUGGUCCCAGGCGUCUUUUUGUAACACGGGUCCUCAAGCAGUUUGACUGUGACACAUUCAUACCUGACAUUAACAUGGACAACUACAAGCUCUUGCCCGAAUUCCCAGGUGUAGCUACCGGCUUGCAGGAGGAGAAUGGUCUUCAGUAUGUAUUUGAAGUAUAUGAGAGCACCGACCACUAAGAAGAUCCUUUAAGUAUGAUGCUAAGGUCGGAGAAGUGGCCUGGCCGGGUACUGCGAGUGCUCUGACAUGUUUGCGUGGCAGUUUUUAAUGGGAGACUGGUUUUUAAAUCAGAGUUUUGUAAUUGCCUGACCACCAUUACCCCUUUUUCUCCCUAUCAUUUGUUUGCCACUUUUCCUUAGUAAUAAAAAUGAUUCUAGGACAGUUUAAAUGUUAUUUAAUGGUUUUAUUCUAAAGUUUUAUGUGUGGCCUUUGCAACUUUAUAUACAAGGUGGAAAGUAGAAAAUCAUGAGAAGACAGAGGGUGGGUAAAAGGGUGAAAUUGAUAGGAUCCAAUCUCCCAUGAGCACAACAGCUCAACAUGUUGCAAGAGUGCUGACCAUUAGGUUUCUGCUUAUUUGUGGCCUUUUCUCAGUGAUUUUUUUUUAAAUAAUCAAAAACGGUUGUUUUCCCAAUUUCACUGCCAUAAUCUUAUUUUAUUAGUAUCAGGUUUAGUUCCUUGAUUAUCAUUUCAAAUAUUCAGAAAACAAUGUACCUAAUUUUGAUAAUAAAUUUUCUUUUCCACAUCUGCUAUCCACUUAA